UUAUUUGCAAACAAAGGCUGAGGCAAUCAAUGAACUUGUCAACGAAAGCCCACCGAGCUCCGGUGUACAGUAUUCUUUAUAGUAAUUACUUAUCUCAGUUACAUUUCGGUUUCAUCGACAUACCCAAUCGAGUUUUAAUUGCAUAUCAUUUACAUAUGAAUUAAUUAAUCAUGAAUUAAUUAAUUUUGCCUAGCUCUCGGUGCGCCACCAUUAUGUUUCACCCGCCCGCAUUGGGACCUUAUUCGUGGCCAAGAUUAUGUUUUCCAGACAACUUCCCUCACAUUACAUUCCUGCUCGCAGCAUCCUGUCCGCCACCGUUAUCUCGUACUAAACAAAGGUUGAGUGUAAUACAUGGGAUACAUCUCAGCUAACAGUGAUGCAAAACAAACAGGUGUUCUGUAAGUGCCAUAAUAUGCAGCUAAGAGAGCACAAAGUAUCUAGUGAAAACAACAUAACAAAAUAUGUCUAGAAAAUAACACAUAUUAAUAUUCGGUACCUAGAAGUGAUUACAUAGUAAAUAGCUAAUACAUAGUGAUUAUAUUUCAGGUAUAUAUAAUGAUUAUGUCAGGUACAUUUCUCAAUAAUAGGAUAUAGCCAGCAGAGCAGAUGAGAGAGAACUAGUGGGAGGGGUGUAUUUGGACUUUCAGAAAGUUGCUGAUAAAAUCCCACGGGCGAGUCUGCGGACAAGGUCCGGUCAUGGAGAGAAAACUGGGUGACCCGACAGAACACAGAAGGAACACACGGGCCUCUCUUUGAAUGUGAGGCAGUGACAACAGCGUCGACAGAGGUCAGAAUCAGGUUUAUUAAUGCUGACAUAUGUCGUGAAAUCUGUUAGUUUGCUGCAGCAGCACAGUGCAACACAUUAAAAUAUUGUAACAAAUAAUGCAGAGACAUCAGAUAUUUACAAUAUAUUCACAAUCUGCACACAGAAAAUAAAUGUCGUAUAUCCAAGUAUGUGGAUGACAUAAGGCUGGCUUCCAGUGUAAAGUGGGCAGAUGCAGAACGAUUCGCACUCCCUCCACCUCUAUUUCUCCCUCGCAGCCCUAGGUAUUUUCCGACCUCUUCGUUCUCCAUCACAAACUCGAUUCCUCGCGUCCGCCGAGGCGAACUUUACCCCGGACGUGUUAGAGCGCAGCCGUUGCCUUCUGGGAUUAAUAUGGCGUUGCCCAUGGAUUAUUCCGAUUUUGAGGAGCAGACAAAUGAACCCAGGAUUAGGGAGACUCCGGAAGACAUUACCUUCAGCGCCAUCGUGAAUACCAUUGCUUUCCACCCGGCACGGGACAUCAUCGCAGCAGGAGAUGUUGAUGGAGAUGUAUUCGUUGUAUCAUACUCAUGCGAAGAGUCGGGAAACCAGGAGCUGUGGUCCUCGGGACACCACUUGAAAUCCUGUCGGAAAGUGGCAUUCAGCCACAAUGGGGAAGAACUUGUUACAGUUUCAAAGGAUAAAUCAAUUCACAUUCUUAAUGUGGAAAGUGGCAAGAUGGUAACGAGGAUACCCAAAGCCCACAGUGUUGCUAUUAAUAGCCUGAAGCUGAUUGAUGAAAAUCUUUUUGCCACGGGAGAUGAUGAUGGUUUAUUGAAAGUUUGGGACUUGCGGAAAAAAACCUCCUUCAUGGAGAUGAAAAACCAUGAUGAUUACAUCAGUGACAUCACCAUUGACCAGAAUAAGAAGAUAUUGCUUACAACCAGUGGUGAUGGUACAAUGUGUGUUUUCAAUAUCAAGAGGCGUCGCUUUGAGCUGCAAUCAGAGUUUCAGGAUGGUGACCUUACAUCACUGGCUAUUAUGAAGCGAGGCAGCAAGGUGAUGUGCAGUUCAUCUGAGGGAAUGAUCUACCUCUUCAACUGGGAUGGAUUUGGGGCAACCAGUGAUCGAUUCUCAGUGCAAAGAGAAUCCAUUGACUGUGUCGUGCCUAUCACAGAUAACAUUCUUUGUACAGCUUCCAUGGAUGGAGUCAUCAGGGCCGUAAACAUUCUUCCCAAUCGCGUGAUUGGGAGUGUGGGACAGCACCCUGGGGAGUCUAUUGAGCAGAUUGCCAAGUCCAGAGAGGGCCAUUUUCUUGCCAGCUGUGCCCAUGACCAGAAGGUGAAAUUUUGGGAUGUUUCUAAUCUGCAUUCAGUCAUUGUUGAUGACUACAGGAAACGGAAGAAAUAUGGGAAGCUGAAAUCAUUAAGCAAGAAAGCAUUUGGCUAUGGGCCUGGAAGUGACUUCUUUGCUGAUCUUGCAGAGGGAAAUGUGGAGGUUGAAGAAAACAGCAGUAAAAGCGAUGAAAUUCUUGAAGCACAGUAGGUAUGGCUUUCCCAUGCCAUGAUCUCCUGCAAGCUGUGAGAGGAUUAUGUUACUGCUUGUGCAGCAAAAGGCUCAUCUUCCAGUCAACUUGUGCAUAUUGUUCAAUUGAGAGGAUCAAAGUAACAUCCUUUAAAAGUAGAUUUCUUUCCUUUUUUAGCAGCUUCUGAAGGGACUUCCAUUUGUAAGGUUGUGUUGUUGAACUGAGAACGGAAUUGGGGCAUGAUUCUGAUUCCAGACUUUGUGCCUGAUUUCCCCCAGCUCAAACUGCCUUUUAAAUGGACAAAAGAGGUAAGGCAGCUGGUAACUUUGGUUUAUUAUUUUCUCCACAGGGACCUAAUUAUAUAUUGAGACCUCUAUCAAAUUAGUUCAAUGGACUAUUAAUCUAACAUAUCAUAAUCAGAUAAGACUGUUGAGUUGAGUUAUUGUCAUAUGCACAAGUACUUGUAUGCACAGAUGCAUUGGAAAAAAAAAAGUGCCUGUGAUGCAUCUACAUCAGACUUGCAACAUUCUCAAGAAAAACAUGAAUGUUGUGGAUCUGAUGCUUUGUCUCUGUGAAGCUGCUGCAAGUAUGUUUUUUCAAAACCAAUGACUAAAAGGUUAAAUGAUGGGCUGUGGACCUGGUUUCCAGCGAUGGGUCAGGCCUGAGCUGUUAUAUUGCCUAGUUAGUAAAUGGGCAAUGCUUAAUCUUGGAUGCUGGAAAGUACUGGAUCUGUACCCUUGCAGGGAAACUUGGAUAUGGAGCAGAUGUCUGGGCAAAUGGAGAAACACAGCAUGCUACAAACAGUGGAAAACCUGGAAUUUCAGAUCUAGGAAUCACAAAGCAGAAUUGCCACUACCAGUGACGCCAUAGAUUGAACCAUCUGUACAAGCAAUAGUAUCCAGAGGAAGGAAGUUUCAUUCUGUUGGUCUGCACUGAUUUUUAUCAUGUACUUCUGUCUGAUUAAAGGAUUUUAUAAAUUGUG